UUUAAUUACCUGUUAGAAUCAUAGAGUUUAAAAAUUAUAAAUUUUGGAGGGUCUCAGCUCUUGAAUAGCUUCUGAGCUAGUAAAACAUUUUUACUUGUUUGGCCACCACUUUGAAUAUUAAGUAUGCAAGUGGCUUCAACAAAAAGAAAUAAUAAUUCCAUGCCCUGGUAACCAUUUUAAUUUUGCGUCAUUAGUGGGUAAGGCACAGAAUUAUCCGUUUCCAUGCGGGGGAAUUUCAUUAACUUGCGGGGGAAUAUAUUAACGCAGAUAAGCUCAUGCAUCUCAUUAAGAUAGGAUGAUGUCAUAGUUUAUUUUCAGUUGGUGAGGUGACGGCAGCAUACUCUAGGGGUUGGCGUCAUCAAAAAAUGUUGAGAUCAUAAUGUAUAAAAAGAGAAGUGAUAAAAGUGAUAUUAUGUCCCUAUUUGGUCAUGACGAUGUCAUAUUUUUUCAGGUAUGAUGAUGCAAUAGUUUAUUUUAAUCAUCUGUGUCAUGUCCUUAUGUGGGUAUGUUGUCAUUGUUUAUAUGGCUUUAAUUAGGAUUUUAUAUAUGAUCGGUAAUCUGAUCUGGAGCCAGCCAAGGACGGAGUCUUCCCAAGAAGAAACAGAAAGCUUAGAGCCUUGGUCACGCAUUUUUUGAUGAAGCCGAGAAACGCCACGAGGUCCAGCUCAACGCAUUGAUCAAUGAAUACGAAGGGAACGGAGAUUCAGAAAACGUGGCUCGUAUUAAAACCGAGAACGCUCUCGUUCCUGUUUACAGAAAAGUGCUAAGGAAAGUACUCUUAAGGAAUCUACAGUGGAUGCAUGCAAUAAAAAAAAGACCCCACCUUCAUAAAAGUGAUGGAAACCCAAAAAGAGCUUAAAGAUACUGAAGGAUUUGAUUUGCUUGAAUCGACAGAACUAGCGAUCGAUAAACGAAAAAUCUUACUCAAUCGACUGUAUGAAAAGCAGCCUAUUCCACAAGAUGAAGACUAGACCUAGACCUUGACUAGACCUUUGUGUUGUUGCGUUUCAAUAAAAGACUGUAAACAACCAAAAUUUAAGUGUGUUUUAUUGAUCACUUCACAAUCUUUACAACCUUUUGUCUAUACAGGAUAGUACUAAGAUAAAGACAAACACUCACUGACUCAAAAUGUUCUCGCCAUCAUACGAUAGUGAUACCCAUUUUUCAGAUUACUGUUCCAUAUAUAAAAUCCUAAUUAAAGAAAUAUAAACAAUGACGUCAUAGCCACAUCAGGAUAUGACACACAUAAUUAAAAUAAACUAUGGCAUCAUCAUACCUGAAAAAAUAUGCCAUCAUCAUGACCAAGUAGAGACAUGAUAUCACUUUUCUAUUUAUAAAUUAUGAUCUCAACAUUUUUUGAUGACGUCAACCCUAAGGUAUGCUGAUGUCACCUCACCAACUGAAAAUAAACUAUGACAUCAUCCUAUCUUAAUGGGAUGCAUGACUUCAUCUGCGUUAAUGUAUUCCCCCGCAAGUUAAUGAAAUUCCCUCGCAUGGAAACGGAUAAUUCUGCGCCUUACCCACUACUUGCGUUCACCGAUGUUGAAACUUAGCUUUCAACGAACCAAUUCCCCUGAAUUAUUCUUUACUUGAAAAUCGAUCUAAAUACUAAGCUCAACUGAGGCCAUCUUCGUCUUUGACAACGAUACACUCAGCAAAACAGACUUCAAGACCUUAGGGACUGGUCAAAAAGUAUAGGAGGGUGGGGCUGGGCCGGAGCAUUUGGAAAUGUGGUUGAUAAAAAACACAUGGCCCACCCCCUCCCUUCGGCACAAAAAUGAAUGACCCACCCCUAAAGCGACCGCCCCUCCCUUAGUUAAAACAUGGAUGUUUGGUUUCCUCUUAAUAAUCCAAUGAAACCUUCUUCUGUGGUUGACAAAAUUUGUUGAUACACUGCUACAACCAAUAUCAAGAUCAUAGAAAUCACACCUCUCACUGAAUAGACAAAUGUGAAAAACGGAACAUUUCUUGUUUCGAUGGACGUUAUGAGUCUUGACACAAAUAUACAGCAAAACGAGGGUAUAUUGAAAUUGUCUGUCACAAAGCACAUGAAAAUUUCUACAAAGACAACCCAUUCCUACAAAUUACUUGCCGGAAAUGCUUAGAUUAAUCCUCAAAGAAAAUUUCUUCCACUUCAAUGGAAAGCACUACCUACGAAACCAUGGAACCGCAAUGGGCACAAAGACAGCAUUUUUGAUUCCUUUGCCAAUAUUUUCAUGACAAAUAUUGAAACCACAACUCUAAGCAAAACUGUCUUCAGAACAGUUUCGAAAUGCUACAUACACGAUAUCUUUUCCCUAUGGGACAUGAGUAAACCAGACAUCGAAGCCUUCAUUGAACAAGCAAACUUACAUCACCCAACUAUUGAAUUCACGGCCGAAACAUUUGACACUAAGACUGCGUUUUUAGACACGGUUGUAUACAAAGGCACAAGAUUCGAGGAAAAAUCUAUCCUUGAUGCAAAGACAAAUUUCAAACAAACUGAAACCUUCUUGCACCCUUCAAAUGUUAAAAAAGGAUUUGUCAAAGGAGAAGCCUUGAGAAUCCUAUGAAAAAAACUCCUCAGAAACAACCUAUGAGGAAAAUAAUUCAAAUUUAAAAAGAAACGCUUGAUGGACGGAGGCUACCCACAAUCUUUAAUAGAAAACCUACUACCAGAAAUAAAAUUCACAAAAGGGAAUCUAAACUCCUAAAACAAAACAAUAAAAACGAAAAGAAACAUUGCCAUUCGUGACACAAUACCAGCCCUCAGUGUCUACUACAAAGGAAGCUUGAAUGAAAAAAUGGAAUCUUAUACAAAAACCAACUAUAACUGCAAUAAAUUUUUAAAGAACCACCAAUCAUUUCCUUACAAAAAAGGAAAAUCAUUAAAGGACAUGCUCGUUAGAGCAAAAAAAGGUUAACAGAGGGUUCCAGGCCAGUAUAGAUGUGCGGCCUGUCACCCUUUGUAUUUUCUCGCACGACAGAUUUGUGAGUAUUUUAGCAAUAAUUCCAGCUGGCUGUGUUUUAUAUAACAAGUGUAGUCAACUGUCUCGUUAGUAGGUAGUGCCUAACAAAAGUGCCUAAUAAAAUAGGGUGACCCACCCACCUAAGGGUAGCUGAAAAUUGCAUGACCCACCCCUUGCACAAGACUCAAAACCUCAUGACCCACCCCCUCUCUGCUCCGGCCCAUCCCCCAUACUUUUUGGCCUGUCCCUUACAACUGAAAAAGUCGCCACUUUUUCUCCUGGCCAAGUCAGUAUCCACUGAAACCUCAGACAAAUGUAGUAGGACGCGCAGAAAGAUACUGAAGUCUCUAUUGACCUUGAGAAAUACAUGAGUGUUACUAAAGUUCUUUAUAAAGAAUCAAAAAGCGCUUAUCAUGGUCAGAUAUUCCUCGCAGAUUUUGGUUAUGAUAAUACACUCUCUAAAAGAGCCCGUUCGUUGAUAACUCACUGUUUUUUAAAGCAAAAUGAAACUGUGUUGUGAUUGAUUAUAGUUCAGCGUUAACCUGAGCAGGUACUUGUGUAGGGAAGAGGAGGAGGGAAUGACAUACUCCCCUGUAUCAAAGCCGCUCUAAUGUUAAAGGAACUGGGAUAAGCUGUUGCCGACUAUGCUAUCUUUAUCGCAACUUGUUUACUUUUCUACUUAGAAAAGAAAACAAUCAUUCUUUCAGGUUUUCCUCGGUCUGGGUGGGGGUUGAGCUUGGCCUCAAUAAGCGGCUGGUAAACACGCCUUUGAAAAGAGACUUGGACAAGAAAAGUUUACAGCGGUAAAGGAUUACCAAGGGAAAAUAAAUUCGCCCCAAGUUAAGUUCAGCGUCUAGAAUUCCCAAUGAGCAUCAGCUCAUAAUUAUUCCUAUGCAUGCCAACUGGCAGACUAGUUUUUUUAUAUAUAUAUAUAUAUAUAAUCUCGCGGGCAUCUAGAUCUCCCUCUCUCUUACGCUGGAAAGUCAUCUCCCUUACCCUAAGUCGUGGAAGAUUUAGGGACGAGGUUAAUCCUAUUCCUGUUAUUAACUCUCUUACUUUUGUCAUUUAGAUUGAAACUAUUCACGAAUUCAAAGAUAAGUUGCCAUUGUGGCUUCUCCGUCGAUUGCAUCAAACAGAGUCUGUAAGAAAGCCAAACAAGAAGGCUGUUUCUGUAUUUCAGAAGAUUAAAGUAAGCCUUAAAUUCACCAUUUACUCAACUCUUUACUUGAUACUUUGACUCAUUGACAACAAGCAGGUCAGAACUCCUUACAACGGAAAGGGAUGCUCUGCUCUAAUUACAACACCUGGUUCCAGCGGUCCUUUUCGAAAAUAGAUAAGAUUUGAAUAACUGACGAUAUAAAAACUCCCCACUCCAUUUUUUGGUCUUUCCUAUUGAUAACGAAAGACCUGUCAUCAGUGAUAUAAUUAUCCGCAUAAAAUUUGGUGUAUUUUUGCUUUGAAUUCCUUUUAGAAAUUAUUAGCUGUUUCCCAAAUUUCUUCUGUUUACGCCUCGAAAAAUAGUAGCUAAUUCAUUCAUUAAGAACAGGAACAAAAAAAUACUUAUAAAGCCAAAAAGAGCUGAAGACAAUUUUGUGAAUCUUGUAAAUACAUUAUUACAAUAAUCGAAGUGCGCCUUGACAGGGCUAUUAUAAACUUUAAUUAAAAUAUAUAAUAUUAUAAAAUAACCAAGAUUAAAACUGGAUUCUGAUUGGUCGAGACCAGUUCAUUAUAUCUCCAUGAAGCUCGCAGCGCACUUCACGCGUGCAUUAUAUUGCAACAUAUGCACGCAAGUUACGUCACACUCUCUGCCAAACACAGAAAUUUAUCUUUUCGCCUAUCCGCCAUUAUGGCUGAAGAUCUUCCGUGCUUUAACCUUGGCUUUCAGUCUCUAAAUGUUGAGAAAGACGAAAAUAUUGAUUGCCGGUUGGAUAAAAUUUCAGCUGAAAAAAAGAAUGCGAGGUUUGUACACCUGAGUGAACAAGACAAAAAUCAACUUUUGGCAGAGGCAGAGGCGAAAGCCACAAAAGUUUAACAACUUGGGCUGUAAAAGUU